AUGGAUCUAGUCAAGUACAUCUUCAAAAAGCCUGCUCUUACUGGGAGAAUAGCUCGAUGGCAAGUUUUGUUGUUAGAAUUCGAUAUUGUUUAUGUCACUCAGAAGGCAGUAAAAGGGAGCACCUUGGCAGAUUAUCUACCUCAACAACCCAUAAGUGAUUAUCAGCCUAUGCAUCUAGAAUUCCCCGAUGAGGAUAUUAUGGCCCUAUUUGAGGAAGAGAGUGAAGAUGAAGACAAAGAAAAGUGGAUUAUAUGGUUUGAUGGUGCGUCUAAUGCAUUGGGUCAUGGAAUUGGGGUAGUGUUGGUUUCGCCAGAUAAACAAUGUUUUCCUUUCAUGGCUAGAUUGUGUUUCGCUUGUACAAAUAAUAUGGAGGAGUACAAAGCAUGUGCCCUAGGAAUCCGAGCAGCAAUCGACUUUAAGGUUAAGUUGCUCAAAGUGUACGGAGAUUCGGUGUUGGUAAUUCAUCAGUUGAAAGGUGAAUGGGAGACCAGAAACCAUAAGUUGAUACCUUACCAAGCUUAUAUCAAGGAAUUGAUGGAACUCUUUAAUGAUAUAUCAUUUCAUCAUAUUCCGAGAAAGAAAAAUCAAAUGAUUGGUGCUCUUGCCACUUUGUCGUCCAUGUUCAAAAUAGGCUCUCGCGGAGAUUUUUCGUGCAUAAACAUCAAAUGUCACAUUAAGCCUGCACACUGUUGUUUGAUAGAAAAAGAGGAGGAUGGUGAGCCUUGGUAUUUCGAUAUCAAGCGAUACAUCAAGGACAAGGAAUACUCACCUGAGGCCUCUGACAAUGACAAGAGAACGUUACAGAGGUUGGCAGCCAGAUUCCUCCUGAGUGGGGAUGUCCUAUAUAAAAGAAACCAUGAUAUGGUAUUGCUUUAG